AUGAACACCACAACACUUCGCACCCUUACGCGUCCUCAGAUCCAGAAGCUGGCUCGAAGGGAGGGAGUCAGGGCUAACGUGAAGACAGAGACAAUUAUUCGCCAGUUGUGCGCGAAGUACCCGAGUGGCGUGCCACCGCUCGAGGAAGAGAAGCGCGAGAGACGCAGAUCCUCGCGCACCUUGAAGACGGAGGUAAAGAAAGAAGAGGAGACGGGUGCGAUUAGCAGCAUAUCAACAGCACUAUCCCGCAAUUCGAGAGGAAAGGGAAAAGCUGUUGACAGGCCGAGCGCAUCGGUCAGUCGUGUGGGGCACCCACAAACGCGAGAACGCCCAGCGGAAGCGAUGUUGGAGCAGCCUGUGGCGGGACCCAGCACCCUAUAUGGUCAGCGCGUAGCACCAGGCACCCCAACAACUUACGUGCCGGUGCAAAGGGAGUUGUCGCGUGGAGCAACAUCGACUGAUAUUAAAACAGAAGAGCAAUCGAUGCACUUGAGCGCAGUAGCUACCCCACCGCAGCCUGUACAUGCCGGGUCCCAGGUUGUGUUUGAGGCACAAACACAACCAGAAUCCAGGCCCAUACAGGGCGGCCUGGCAGCGGAGACGGAUGCUCCACCACGCCAUGCUCUCCCCGUCGAACCGAUAGUGGGGGCAAGCCAUAAAGGAGUCCGUGUGAUCCUUCGUGAGCUGGCAACCAUGGUCAACACAGAGGUUGACUUCAAGGAUCAGCUGGCGGAGAUGGAGAUGCUUGUUGACGACAUGGACAAGCAGCUCAAGUGGGCAGAUGAGGAGUUGGAGGCGAUGCAAAACAAGCGUAAGCUUGUUGAGCGAUUGUACCUGGGGCGACUCAAAGAAGACCACACCCUGUGGGACGGGUCGCACGCAUGGCGCAAGGAGAAUGUCUACUCCUUGUACGGGGACGAUGUGUGCGGCAUCCGCGUUGCGCCGUUGAAGACACUAGGCGGGGUGCCUGUAAAAGCUGACAAGGGGAAGAAAAGGGCAAGGGAGGAGGAUGAGCCACGUCGUGAACAUGAGCGAGAGUCGAGACAGCUGGGUGGGAUGAACGUGCCUCCAAAUGGGGCGUUAUCCUUCCUCCCGACACCCGGGGGAUCUGCUGCACCGGACACGCCCACAUGGACCACGCUGCCGCAAACUCCUCCGCAAAAGCGCAGAAGGGUUGCUCCCGUCUGA